AUGAAUAAUUUCCAUUACUCGCUCUCUGCUGAGCAGCUGCAGAGUUUCCAGGAAGGUGGAUACCUGCUUGUUCGUGGCUUUUUCACUUCGAAGGAAUCGGAGCAGUUGCGCGAAUGGGCGCAGGAGGUCCACGAUCUUCCAUGCGCCCCUGACGUGCCCUGGAUGCCCUACCAAGAGGUGAACUCAGAAGGCAAGCGCGUGCUGUGCCGCACGGAAAACUUUGCCAACUCGCAUACCGGAUUCGAUAGUUUCCUCCGAGGGCAGCGUGCAACGAGUAUUCUCCAGCAGCUCGCAGGAGAGGAGAUGCUUCUCUUCAAAGAAAAGAUUAACUACAAGUUGGCAGGAAGUGGUGGUUUCGAACCUCAUAUCGAUGCCAAUGCCUACACCCAUGUUAAAAACAUCAAGCACUUGACCAUUCUUGCGGCAGUCGAUGAAAUGAAUGCAGUCAAUGGAGGUCUGGAAGUUGUCCACGGCAGCCACCGCGUGGAUAUUCCCCUCGGCAGCGAUCGCUGCAUUGCGUCCGAUUGGGUCAAAAACAAUGAAUGGACACCAGUUGAUCUUGAGUCAGGUAUGCAAAUUAAAAUCACCCUCAGGAUUUUCAUCGCGGUGGUAUUAAUAAGAGUAGGUGAUAUCUUGAUCUUCGGCUCGUACCUGGCCCAUCGCAGCGGCGCCAAUGUUAGCUCUAAGGACCGCCGUGCGAUCUAUGCUACAUAUAACUGUGCCGCCGAAGGUGAUCUGCACGACCAGUACUAUUCCGAUCGUCAAAAGCUCUGGCCUGCAACCCACAUACGGGAGAGCGGACAGUCAUAUGAAGAAGGCCGUAUGCGCUAUGCCUUUGGAUCCCCUAUGUUAACUGUGGACUCUACGGCCAUCCCGGUCUGA